AUGCUAAAACUCUUUUACAACGCUGCAAAACAGAGAAGCCUCAGCUAAGCCACCACUAGUGCUUCUCUUAUUCGCAACUCAUAGAGGAUGUUCAGAUCUUCAGCGCAGAUGAAUUAGUAAUUUAAUGUCUAUAUUGAUGGAAGACCAGUUAAGGUUGAUGCCAGCUAUACUAUUUUCCAAGCUUGCCAAGAGGCUGGGUACCACAUUUUAUCACUAAUUUCAUAUAUAGAGUCGAGAUUCCUAGAUUCUGCUAUCAUGAAAGAUUAUCAGUUGCCGGCAACUGCAGAAUGUGCCUAGUCGAAGUAGAAGGAUCUCCAAAACCAGUAAAUUACAUAGCCUCUAAUUACUUUACAGCUUGCCGCAUGCGCCACCAAUGUAAGACCAGAUUUGAAAGUGAUAACUAAGUCAGAAAAGACACGCAUUGCUAGAGGGGGUGUGAUGGAAUUCUUAUUAGCAAACCAUCCUCUAGAUUGCCCAAUUUGUGAUCAGGGUGGAGAAUGUGAUCUCUAAGAUAUCUCUACUGUGUAUGGCUACCAAGAGGGUCGUUUCAUGGAAUACAAGAGAGCUGUUGAGGAUAAAAACAUUGGACCACUGAUUAAAACCUCCAUGACAAGAUGUAUUCAUUGUACUCGUUGUGUUAGAUUCACAGAAUAAAUUGCUGGUGAAUUCACACUUGGUCAAGUAGGAAGAGGAAAAUAUAAUGAAAUUUCUACAUAUAUUGAGAAUAUGGUUACAAACGAACUAUCGGGCAACGUUGUUGAUCUCUGCCCAGUUGGUGCUCUCAAUAACUUGCCUUACUCCUUCUAAGCUAGACCUUGGGAACUGAAAUCUAAUUACACUGUUGAUGUUAUGGAUGGACUUGGAAGCAACAUUGAUGUUCAUAUCAGAGGUUCAGAUACACUUAGAAUUUUGCCAAGAAUUAACGAAGAAGUCAAUGAGGAAUGGAUAUCAGAUAAAUCAAGACAUGCUUUUGAUGGACUUAGAAAGCAAAGACUUCAUAUCCCACUUCUUAGAAAGCCUGAUGGUUCAUUCGGCGAACUCACAUGGGAAGAAGCAUUGAAUAAAGCUGCUGAAGUUUUAAGCUCAGUUAAAGGAGAUGAAAUUCAUGGAAUGAUUGGCUAAUUUAACGAUGUUGAGUCAAUGUUGGCAUUCAAGGAUCUUUUAAACAGAUUAAAUUGUGAUAAUGUUGAUGUUAGAAAAAAUGCUCCACAUUUUAAGGCUGACUUUAGAAAUCAAUAUUUAUCAAACUCAAGAAUCAUAGGAAUUGAUGAGACAGAUCUUCUUCUUUUGGUAGGUUGCAAUCCUCGCCUUGAGGCUCCAGUACUUAACGCCAGAAUUAGAAAGGCAGUUGGAGUAAAUGGAUUGUAAGUUGGAAUUAUUGGAUCAGCCACAAAUCUUGGCUAUGAUUACGUUCAUCUAGGUAACUCUCCAAAAACUCUUCAAGAAUUAGCUGAAGGCAAACAUCCAUAUCUUUAACAGAGAUUAGCAAAGGCUGAAUUGCCAAUGAUCUUAGUUAGUGCUUAAACACUUGAAAGAUCAGAUGGUGAAGGAAUCAUGAACUAUAUCUAUAAAUUAGCAGAAAAUACAAAACUUAUCAAUAAAAAGGAAAAAUGGAAUGGAAUUAACAUCUUGCACACUGAAGCUAGCAGAGUAGGAGCUCUAGAUUUAGGUAUUGUUCCUUAAACCAAUGUUACUAAAAAACCAAAGGUAGUUUACAUUCUAGGCCAAGACAACUUCAGGCAUGAAGAAAUUCCAGAAGAUGCUUUUGUUAUUUAUUAAGGCCACACUGGUGAUGAAGGAGCUUACUAUGCUGAUCUUAUUCUACCAGGAGCUUCUUAUCUUGAGAAAUCAGCUCUAUUUGUAAACACUGAUGGCAGACCUUAAUAAUCAAGAGGAGCUCAACAACCUCCAGGUUUCGCUAGAGAAGAUUGGAUGAUCUUAAGAGCCCUUUCUGAGUAACUAGGAUGUCCACUUCCUUAUGACUCAUUAGACGAGAUCAGAACAAGAAUGGCAGAACUUGCCCCUCAUCUAGUUAGAUUUGAUGUUAUUGAGCCAUCUGGUUUUGAAGAGUUAGGAUUGAAAGCAGAAGAAUCAAAACUUAAGCUUAAUAACACUGCAUUGACAGACAACAUCGAUAACUUCUAUCAAACAGAUUCAAUAUCUAGAAAUAGUAUGAUUAUGGCCAGAUGCACAAAGGAGCUUAACCCAAAGAAGCAAUUCAACUUUAAGGAACAUGUCUAGACCUGGAUGACUCACUGA